AUGACUGAAGCCGUCAAAUGCCCCGUCACCAUUGCCAUCCGUCGACCAAGCAAAACCCCAGCUGUCUUUGUGGCCACCUGCUUUACCGAGCCGGCAUGGGAACCCGUGGAGCUCACGCCUGAGCUUGUAAGCUCGAAAGACGCAUCGACUACUGAAGAUAGCUCUACGCAAGUCGAGGAGUACGAGUUUUCAAAGCAGUUUGAGCUCCCGGAGGGCAGGUUCGAGUAUAAGUUCCGUCUUGAUACGGAUGAGGGCACCUGGUUCUGUGAUGAGAACGUCGAGAAAGUGGUUAACGACGAUGGCAUUUGCAACAAUAUCCUUGUUGUAAAACACACUACUCCCGCCUCCACGACCGAAGACUCCCAAACUACCAACGGCACCUCCAAUGACACCAAGUUGGAGGAGCCUGUCAAAGAAGGAGAGGAUAAGGAGGAAAAAGUCAAAACUGUGGAAGAUGCACCGGUAGCCGCCGCUGUUGCCGACAAGUCUGACGAUAAAGAAACUCCUAUCGAGGUGGUGGAAAAAACUGCUCCAGAAGAGGAGAAAAAGCCUGACAACCCUGACGAUUCUGUGGAAUGUCCCGAAGCCUCAGUAUCAAAAGAAAACACCUCCGAGGAAAAGGGUGACCAGACAGUGACCAAGGAGGAUGAAACUGUGGCAGUUGAUACCGUUAAGACGGAACAGGAGCAAUCUUCUGCUAAGCCUGAGGAUGCAGUGCCUGAGUCUACAACCAAGGAGCUCCCAGAAGAGCCCAAGGAACCAGAGCCACAAGUAGAAGCUUCUAAUAUCAGUCCAGAAGCAAAGGAGGAGAAGCUCGCUGAGAAAGCCGAAGCAAUCGAAACAACUGGCCCAAUUGAAUCUUCUAAGGAAGACACCACUGAUAAUGUUGAAACACCCCUUGUCACUGAGUCAGAACCCACCACUGAGGAUCCCAAGAAAGGAUCGAGACAGAGAGUGCCCCCAAAGAUGAAGUUGCGCCUGAGGCUCCAGCUACCGAGGCAGCUGAAGGAGCCAACCAAAGAGGAGCCAACCAAAGAGGAGCCAACCAAAGAGGAAUCCUCACCAGAGGCUCCCAAGGAAGAAGCUACCCCUACUCCUGCCGAAGAGCCGGUUAUUGAGAAGCCAGACGCCUUAGCUGAAGAACCAACUGUUUCUGAGGAGAAAGCCAAGGACGAACCAGCGACUGAGCCAGAGGAACCUUCGGUGAAGGCCAAAGAAGCUCCUUCAGAGGAGGUAGCUGAAGUUACUUCAGCACCUAAGGUUGAAGAAGAAGAAGCAGCCCCAGAGACUGUAGAGGAAGAUUCCCUUGUUACCAAAGAAGAACCGGUUUCCGCUGAGGCAGAGAACGUGGAGUUACCUCAAGAAGAAAAAGUUUCAGAUAAUGCCGCAGAUCCUGUUGCCACAGAAGACAAAAUCAAGGAAGAAUCGAUAGCUGAGCCUGAACCAGUUCAGGAAGCUGUGAAAGAGGAAUCUCCUGCUGACGCUGAAAUAGGCGCCGUACCCGAGGCAAAGGCUCCUGCUGAUGAGCCCAAUGAACCCGUGGUAACUGAGGAGGUUGCCAGUAAAGAUGUUUCCCCCGAUGACGUCCCUGAACCAGCCCCCGAAAAGCCUGCGGUUGCUUCUACCGAAGAGCCAGAACCUACUUCUGAAGAGGCAAAAACAGUUGCCCCAGAGCCAGAAGCACCGGCCUUGGUUGAGUCAAAAGACGUUGCAGGUGCAACCGAAAGCUCGACAGUUAACGAACCCGAGGCACAGGAAGCACCUGUAACUGCUGAAGCUGACGUGACUCCCGCUGCCGCCGAAGAAACCAUCUCCGCUAAAGAUGAUGAUCUACCUUCCACAGAGGAGCUGGAGCCGGAGAAAGCUGUUGAAGCUCCAAAAGACGAGGCAGUACCGGAUGCGCCGAAAGAAGAAACUACUAUCGAGAAGAGCGAAGAUACCACUGAAGAUGCGAACAAAGAUGUCGUCCUUCCAGCUCCAACAUCCGAGGAAACCAAGGAUGAAGCUACCGGAAAGGAGACUGAACCUACUCCAGAGGCUGUAGCUACUGACACGGCUGAGGAUGUUGCCAAGGUUGUUGAUGAACCCAGUAAGGAAGUCGAUGCUGCUGACAAGGAACCUGAGAAGGAUGCCUUGAAGCCAUCAGAGGCCUUGAAGCCAACCGAGGCUGAUGUCCCAGUGGAGGAGGAGCCCGAAACUGAGAAGAAGGUAGUGGAAGAUUCGGCCCCGGAGGCGCCCAAAGACGAACUCAAGGAGGAGUCCCAGGAACCUAUCCCAGAACCGGCCUCUGAAGUGGCUGUUGCAGUUGACGAGGCUCCAGGAAAAGAAAACCCUGAUGCUUCCAUCGAGGAGGUAAAGGAGUCGCCUGCUGAUACUUCUGCGCCAGCUGAUUCCACAGGUCCAGCGGUCGAGAGCGAAGAUACUGCCUCAGAGAGCAAGGGCACCCCUGAGCAACAGUCUGAAGUCAAGGAGGAUUCCCAGCCCGCUGAAGAGGCUCCUUCCAAGACGGAGGAGGAUGUGACUAAAGAGACCACCGAGGUACCUGUUGUUGCUAACCUCGCAGGUAUCGAAUCGCUUGAGAAUGUCAAGUCCCAAGCUGACCCGGAGCCUUCAGAAGAGGUGGCAGGCGAAAUACCUCAGGAUAGUACUCCUGCUCCGGAGCCCCCGGUAGAAAGUGAUGCUCCAGUCUCUAAAGAGUUGAAUGAGCCUGCUGUCGAGGAGCCCACACCCGUGGCCAAAGCAUCGGAGAUGACUACCCAGAAGGACUCUGAAGGUGGCGAUUCCAAAGAAGCGGUAAACACCAGUGCCCCAGAAAAGGAGGCUGAAACUACCUGCGAACAACCGGAGAAGCUGGAGGAACAAAAGGUUACCGAGCCAGAGCCUGCCGCUACCAGUGACGAGGCGCCGAUUCCCACUCCCACCGAAACUGAGAAUAAGGACGCCGAUCUUCCCAGCAAGGAUGAAGUGAUUGUUGCUGCCGAAUCAUCGACGAGUCAAGUAGUGGACGAGCCUUCUGACAAGCCGGCUGCUGUAGUUUCGGAAGGGCCUGGAGAGCCCGAUGUUAGCCAAGAAUCUGAGGAAGUUCAUGCUGAGCCUGCCGUUGUCCAGGACGAUAGCAAAGAAGUCAAUGCUCAAUCUCAAGGUGAAACAGCUGCUGUAGAUGCACCAAUUGAUGUGUCUGAAGAGAAAAAGCAAGACACCGAAGCUGCUGACGCCGCUGUCAAUGUUGAAGAGCCCCCUAAGGAAAUUCAGGAUGACGUCACUGCACCCGAGGAAGAACUUAAAUCCGAACUGGAAAAGAGCUCGGACCAUGUUGCCAAAGUUGACGACAAGCAAGCGGAGGAAGUCGUUGAAGAGGCACCCGUUGCUGUGGAAGCAGUAGCUGAGGCGGAGCCCGCGCCAGAAACUCAAGAUGCUGUUGCAGUUGCAACAGAGCCAGCUGCGGACGAGACCCCUGCGCUGGAACCCGAGACUACUGGGGACGAAGCUUCUAAGCCCGAGACUAUUGAGGAGGCUACCACUGAAGUGAAGGAAGCCUUACCAGAGUCUACUGAAGCUGCUGUUGCUCCACAGGAAGCUGAACAACCCGAAUCUUCUACUUUGGCUGUUACAGAUACCCCUGCUAUCUCCCCAGAGGUUUCUAAAGAUACCGAGGAACAUAACAGCACCCCAACUGGUGAGGAGGCUACCGAUAUACCUGCAUCAACUGAGGUUGUAACAGAUGAUCACAAAGAACAGACAACUUUGCCCGAAAGUGUGCCCGAGCCUACUGCUGAUGCGGUAGAGGGAUCCACCGACAAGGCAGCACAAUCUGUUACUAACAAUGAAUCUGAAGUGACUACCGAUAAGAGCGAGGUCACUAAGGAAGUUGAACAGCCUACUGAAACCACAACUCAAAUAGGUGAAAGUGAACCUAAAACAGACUUGCCUAAUGUUUCAGCAGAGUCUAUCCAGGAAGCUGGUUUACAAGGGAAGCUUCAAUCAACUGAAGAUACACCCGACUUUGUGACGGAUAAUGAUAAGGCUGAAACGGAUCAGGACAAAGAACCUGCCGUCAACAAGAGUGAAGAGCACGAGGAUACCCCUAAAACUAAUGGUGGUACAAUAGCUGCUGUUCUCGGAGCUGCUGCUGUGAUUCCCGGAGCCGCUUUCUUAGCGAAGAAAGCCCUUGAAUCCAGAGAAACUACUGACAAGAAAUCUACUUCUGACGAUACUGCUAGCGCUACUGAACAGCUUGUCACGAAGAAAGACGUUGCUGAUAACUCAGAACAUGUCAACGGUGUCACUGUCCAGGAUACAUCCAAGCCCGUCGCAAGUGGCGAGUCCUCCAAGGAUACUAAAACCGAUCCUGUGCUAGAAGAGCCUGCUACCACCGAACCUACCUCUAAAGCAGACACAAUAGAAGAAAGUGACAAGGGUGUUUCAGUAGAGAAUACAUCUGGCCCGGAAUCACAAGUCAAGGAAUCUGCUGGGAAAGAUGAUACGCAAGCGACUGUCAAUGGUAAAACUGUUACCGACGAGGAAUCCAACAAGGCUACACCUGAGGCCUCCAAACCCGCAGGGGAGCCAAGUUCUAGCGCCACUGCUGCUGCUGACGCCGACGCUUCCGCUGUUGUGGCCACGACCAACGGAACCAAAACCAACGGAACCAAAACCAACGGCACGAAAACCAACGGUACUUCGGAAGAGACUCGUCCUCAAACUGGCAAUAAAUCUGUUAGUUCAUUCACAGCCCAGCGCAGGGACAACUUCCUCAAAGCUUUAUGGCGUGCUAUUUUCGUCAACUUUUUUGGAAGCCUCUUUGGAUUCCGUCGCCGUGACACCACCGUUUAA